AUGUAACCUAUUUUGGAUAAAAUUAGAAUUGAUCUAGUAUUAACAACAUUUAUGAUUGAUUAAUAUUUGGAAUCUUCAGGGAAAUUAUUAUUUUAUGAAGUAAAUGCAGAUAUCUUAUGUAAUAUAUAAACCUAAGUCUUCCUAAUUAUCAUACUUAUGAUUACCUAUUAUUCAAAUUAUUUAGUCAUAAAACUAUUAAGGAAAUUAGAAUAUUAAUAGUUUUUUUAUUUUGGUUAAUAAAUUGCUAAAUUUUUUAUGAAAGUCUUAAAAUCUAUGUAAAAAUUCAAAAGAAACUUUGAAACUUAUGCAUUCUAAGACUUUCUAAACAAAAAUAGUUGGGAUUUCCUUUUUAUGGCUUUUCUCUAAAUCUAGUCAAAAACUAACAACAUUAUUUCUAAAUUAAUUGCAUAUCUGAUUUUGUAUAUCAGUCUUUUUCUUUCAUCAACAAUUUUUUAUAGAAUAGGUAUUCCAAAUAUAAGGAAUCCUAAAUAAUUAUGGAUUUCAAAGUCAAAUUAAAUCAAAAUAUUGAAAAAAGCUUUAUUUAUAAGCGUAUUAGUGAUGGUACAAUAAAAUCAAAAACUACAAAUUAUGUUAUUAACUUUUGUAUGCUAAUUUUAUUUAAUCUAUCUUUUCAUUAUGAAACCUAUUAAGAACAUCAUAGAUUAAAUUAAUACUAUGGCACUGGAAAUAAGUUCAUUUAUAUUUUGUUUUUCAUCAGCAUUAUAUUUGAAUGAUUUUACAGAUAAAUUGAAUUAUAGUAUUUAAAUAUAAUUUGCAUGGUUUUAAAUAGGAAUGUUAUUGUCAUGCUUAUUUAUUAAUUUCGUAUCAUAAUUAUGCAUGAUAGGUGUAGAACUGAAAAGAUUAUAGUUAAAAAGUUAUAUCAUUCCAAAUAAAAUUAGAUGCCAAUGA